GGCCCCUGCGAGGGAGACCGUGAGCGCGCGCUUUCGGCUUGGUUGGCUGCCAAACUCGCUGGAAGCUGAGAGGGUUAAAGCACCAGGCCAGCUGGUGAACAUUAGUUCCCCUCUGUGUCACGUCACUGGCUGAUGGAGAGGCAGAGAGUGAGCUGGUGGCCUGUGCCGGAGGAGGGAGCUGCCCUCGGCUCCCCCAGGGGCCCACAUGGCCUGGUGCCCAUCCUGCAACCUCAGUUCCUCAGCAGCUCCUGCCGCCUUUCCACGCGCCUUUGCCGAUUGACAUGCGACACCAGGAAGGACGGUACCAUUACGAUCCUCACUCAGUCCACAGUGUUCACGGGCCUCCCACCCUGAGUGGCAGCCCUGUCAUCUCAGACAUCUCCUUGAUCCGACUUUCUCCACACCCCGCCGGCCCUGGGGAAUCUCCCUUCAGUGCGCACCACCCCUACAUGAACCCUCAUAUGGAGCACUACCUCCGGUCUGUACACAACAGCCCCACACUCUCCAUGAUCUCUGCAGCCAGGGGCCUCAGCCCCGCUGAUGUGGCCCACGAACAUCUGAAAGAGAGGGGACUAUUUGGUCUUGCGGCCCCCGGCACCAACCCUUCAGACUAUUACCACCAGAUGACGCUCAUGGCAAGCCACCCUACACCUUAUGGGGACCUUCUAAUGCAGAGUGGGGGUGCUGCUGGCGCACCCCAUCUCCAUGACUACCUCAAUCCUGCGGAUGCGUCGCGAUUCUCCAGCCCACGCGUGACCCCCCGCCUGAGCCGCAAGCGGGCACUAUCCAUCUCCCCACUCUCGGAUGCCAGCCUCGACCUGCAGCGCAUGAUCCGGACCUCUCCCAACUCGCUGGUAGCUUACAUCAACAAUUCCAGGAGCAGCUCAGCAGCCAGCGGCUCCUAUGGACAUCUGUCGGCCGGUGCCCUCAGCCCAGCCUUCACCUUCCCCCACCCCAUCAACCCUGUGGCCUACCAGCAGAUCCUGAGCCAGCAGCGGGGCCUGGGCUCAGCCUUCGGACACACGCCACCCCUGAUCCAGCCUUCACCCACCUUCCUGGCCCAGCAGCCCAUGGCUCUCGCCUCCAUCAGCACGUUGCCUACCCAGCUCAGCAGCAAUAGUAGCAAUUGUCUAAAUGAUGCCAACCAGAACAAGCAGAGCAGCGAGUCAGCUGUGAGCAGCACCGUGAAUCCCAUCACCAUUCAUAAGCGCAGCAAGGUCAAGACUGAGGCGGAGGGGCUGCGGUCGGCCUCGCCACUAGGACUGUCACAGGAGCAGCUGGCUGACCUCAAGGAAGAUCUGGACAGGGAUGAUUCUAAGCAGGAGGCCGAGGUGGUCAUCUACGAGACCAACUGCCACUGGGCAGACUGCACCAAGGAGUAUGACACGCAGGAGCAGCUGGUGCAUCACAUCAACAACGAGCACAUCCACGGGGAGAAGAAGGAGUUUGUGUGCCGCUGGCAGGCGUGCACGCGAGAGCAGAAGCCCUUCAAGGCCCAGUACAUGCUGGUUGUCCACAUGCGUAGGCACACGGGUGAGAAGCCACACAAGUGCACGUUCGAAGGCUGCUCCAAGGCCUACUCCCGCCUGGAGAACCUGAAGACACACCUGAGGUCCCACACGGGGGAGAAGCCGUAUGUGUGUGAGCACGAGGGCUGCAGCAAGGCCUUCUCCAAUGCCUCGGACCGUGCCAAACACCAGAACCGCACUCACUCCAAUGAGAAACCCUAUAUCUGCAAGAUCCCAGGCUGCACCAAGAGGUACACAGACCCAAGCUCUCUCCGCAAGCAUGUGAAGACUGUCCAUGGGCCAGAUGCCCAUGUCACCAAGAAGCAACGCAAUGAUAUGCACCUCCGUGCUCCACUGCUCAAGGAGAAUGGGGACAAUGAGGCCAGCGCCGAGCCAGGGGGCCGGGGGUCUGAGGAGAGUGUGGAGGCCAGUAGCACUAGCCACACUGUGGAGGACUGCCUGCAUAUCAAAGCCAUCAAGACAGAGAGCUCCGGGCUGUGUCAGUCCAGUCCCGGGGCCCAGUCAUCCUGCAGCAGCGAGCCCUCUCCCCUGGGCAGUGCCCCCAACAAUGACAGUGGCGUGGAGAUGCCAGGGACAGGGCCUGGGAGUCUGGGAGACCUGACAGCACUGGAUGACACAUCUCCAGGAGCUGACACCUCAGCCUUGGCCGCCCCCUCCACUGGCGGCCUGCAGCUGCGCAAACACAUGACCACCAUGCAUCGCUUUGAGCAGUUGAAGAGAGAGAAACUCAAGUCACUCAAGGAUUCCUGCUCGUGGGCUGGCCCAGCUCCACACACCCGCAACACCAAGCUGCCUCCCCUCCCAGCAAACGGUUCUGUCCUGGAAAGCUUCAACGGCACUGGGGGCGGUGGGCCAGCGGGACUGCUGCCCAACCAGCGGCUGCCGGAGCUGACCGGAGUGACGAUGCUGAGCCAGCUGCAGGAACGAAGGGACAGCUCCACCAGCACCGUGAGCUCGGCCUACACUGUGAGCCGCCGCUCCUCUGGCAUCUCCCCGUACUUCUCCAGCCGUCGUUCCAGUGAGGCCUCGCCUCUUGGAGCCGGCCGCCCGCACAAUGCCAGCUCAGCAGACUCCUAUGACCCUAUCUCCACGGAUGCCUCCCGGCGCUCCAGUGAGGCCAGCCAGUGCAGCGGUGGGGGCCCAGGCUUGCUCAACCUCACGCCUGCGCAGCAGUACAGCCUGCGAGCCAAGUACGCAGCAGCCACAGGCGGACCGCCACCCACACCGCUGCCGGGCCUCGAGCGUGUAAGCCUUCGCACCCGCCUGGCAUUACUGGAUGCUCCCGAGCGUGCGCUGCCGGGCGCUUGCCCACACCCACUGGGGCCACGACGUGGCAGUGACGGGCCUGCCUACAGCCACGGCCAUGGUCAUGGCCAUGGCUAUGUGGGCGCGGCUCCUGCCUUCCCGCACGAGGGCCCAGGCAGCAGCAUGCGUAGGGCCAGCGACCCUGUGCGGCGACCCGACCCCCUCAUUUUGCCUCGAGUACAGCGUUUCCACAGUACCCAUAACAUGAAUCCAGGUCCACUGCCACCCUGCGCUGAGCGGCGAGCCCCGCAUCUACAGAGCCAUCCCAGCGUGGAUAGCAGCCUGACCCGCAACACCUACUCCCCGAGACCCCCAAGCAUCAGUGAGAAUGUGAUGUUGGAGGCCAUUGCUGCUGGAGUAGAUGGCGCAGGGCUUGAAUCCGACCUGGGGCUGGUGGAGGAUGAGCUGGUCCUGCCCGAUGAUGUGGUACAGUACAUCAAGGCCCACACCAGUGGUACCUUGGAUGACAACAUGCGACAGGGAUACCCUACAGAGAGUGUAGGCUUCCCUGAGAACUCUAAACUGCCCAGUCCUGGGCUGCAAGGCCACCGGAGGCUAGCAGCUGCCGACUCCAAUGUGGGCCCUUCUGCUCCUGGACUGGGGGGCUGCCAGCUGAGCUACAGCCCCUCCUCCAACCUCAAUAAGAGCAACAUGCCUGUGCAGUGGAAUGAGGUGAGUUCCGGCACCAUGGAUGCCCUGCCCAAUCAGGGGAAGUCACCUCCUUUUCCCCACAGCAACCUGGCUGUGGUUCAGCAGAAGCCAGCCUUUAGCCAGUACUCGGGAUAUGGUCCCCAAGCCCUGCAGGCCAGCUCCGGAGGCCUAGACAGCACCCAGCCACACCUACAGCUCCGUGGAGCCCCCGCUGCACCCAGAGGGAGCUAUGCACAACAGCCUCGACAGCCGGCCACGGGUGGCCAGUGCCUGAAUGUGACUGCUGCCAUGAGUCCUCAGGCCAGCUACAGCCAAGCCCACCCCCAGCUGAGCCCAAGCAUUGUCGGUGGACAGCUGAACCAGUUCUCUCCCUCCUGCAGCAAUGCGGCAGCCAAGCCCAGCCACCUGGGACUCCCUCCACAAAUGGAGGUUGUCCCCAAUGCCACCAUGAUGAGUGGCCAUCAACGGGAACUUGGGAUUGCCAGUUCAUCUCUGCCUGGGGUGUCCCAACCUCAUGCAGUCCUGAGCUGUCCCCAGCAGGAAGGCUACCAACAGGGUUCCAGUCUUCUAUCAUCCCAUCAGCCUAGCUUCAUGGAGUCCCAGCAGGGCACCGGCUUUGGUCCCAUGCAGCCUCGGCCACCCCUUGAGCCCAGCACUGCUAGCCGGCCCCGAGGAGUACGUGCUGGGCAUCAGCAGUUGUAUGCCAGGACCGCUGGCCAAGCCAUGGUCACAUCAGCCAACCAAGAGACAGCAGAAGCUAUGAGCAAGGGAACAGCAGGGACCAUGGUAUCCCUGGCCCCUCAACCAUCUCAGGACGCAGGGCGGUCACAGGACCAGAACACACUCUACUACUAUGGCCAGAUCCACAUGUAUGAACAGAAUGGAGGCUGCCCAGCCAUGCAGCCCCAGCCACCACAAGCACAGAUGUGCUCAGACAAUAUCCAGCCCCAGCCUCUGCCUUCACCAGGGGUCAACCAGGUAUCCAGCACUGUGGACUCCCAGCUUCUGGAGGCCCCCCAGAUUGACUUUGAUGCCAUCAUGGAUGACAGUGAUCACUCAAGUUUGUUCUCCGGUGCACUGAGCCCCACCCUUCUCCACAAUCUCUCCCAGAAUUCCUCACGCCUCACCACACCCCGGAGUUCCCUGACACUGCCCUCCAUCCCUGCAGGCAUCAGCAACAUGGCUGUCGGGGACAUGAGUUCCAUGCUCACCAGCCUGGCUGAAGAGAACAAGUUUUUAAAUAUGAUGACCUAAAGG